ACGACUUGUUCUCUGCUUUCUCCUUGCAUACGUUUUAUACAAGCAGUCAUCAGACUGUGUACAUUCGGUUGAACGGACACUUGCACGACUACGAAACAUGCCUCCCCCUCACUACGAUUUCCUCAUCAAGCUGCUGCUUAUUGGUGACUCAGGUGUCGGGAAGUCAUGCUUGCUGCUCCGGUUCUGUGACGAUGCGUGGACGCCUUCCUUCAUCACCACUAUCGGUAUCGACUUCAAGAUUCGUACCAUAGAACUUGAUGGCAAACGUAUCAAGCUGCAGAUUUGGGAUACCGCGGGUCAAGAGCGGUUCAGGACCAUCACAACAGCUUAUUAUAGGGGUGCUAUGGGAAUCCUGUUGGUCUACGAUGUUACGGACGAACGCUCGUUCAACAACAUCCGCACCUGGCACUCUAACAUCGAGCAGCACGCCUCUGAAGGUGUGAACAAGAUCCUCAUUGGUAACAAGUCGGAUUGGACAGACAAGAAGGCUGUCACGGAGGAGCAAGGACGAGAACUCGCAGAAGAGUUGGGCAUUCGCUUCAUGGAGACAUCAGCAAAGAUCAAUGAGGGCGUAGAGGAGGCAUUCUUUACCCUCGCACGGGAUAUCAAAGCCCGGUUGAUCGACUCGCAGGCAGAUGCUGCCGGUGCCCCAGGAGGUCCCUCUGCGGCUGACGGCUCUGUCAAAGUCAACCAGCCCGCAACAGCCGCCGCCUCUGGUUGCUGCUCAUAGACGCUCCAUCCACCCCUAUUGCCUACCGUUCCUCUCAGCUCCCACACCACACGGCGUCUACUUGCACCCCAACAUCCACCCAAACAUUCAAAUUCUGCCUUAUAACUCCAUUCAUAUUCUCGUCUCUGGAUGGAGAUUUCUUGUUUCGUUCGGCGGUGCCGCGUAACGCUGUGGAUAGUCUCUUACUCCUUUCUCCAUGCAUCGGAAUCCAUUUCAUAUUUCCUCUGCGCUCACUUUGGUCCGUUGAAUGCCUCCUUUUCCUUUUCCAUCUCACUAUAUGUAAUGCAUGCACGCCCUUUGCAUAACGAUACUGCAUACGCUUGAGACUUCCACGCAAAGUCGCUAUGAUACUGCCCACGACCUCCUGCCCAACUAAGUGACGUGUCCUGUGGGGGCCAC